UAUGCCAUGUGGACUGGCAUCGGAGUAGAGUUGAAGACAACUGACCUCUCCCCUCGUGUCAUCUUCCUUUCAAGAUACGUGGAUGCUCUGCUGACUCAGCCGGUGAUCCUCACGACCCUCUGCCUCAUCAACAAGGCUGACAACUCCAUCCUCGUCUCUCUUGUUGGCAACGACAUCCUCAUGGUCCUCGCCGCCUUCAUCGGUUCCCUCAACGUGGCUCCUUUGAAGUACAUGUGGUGGUUCGCCAGCUUCAUCUUCCUCGUCCUCGUUGUUGUGCAACUCGUUCAGAAGUUGGAGGGUGCAAAUGAUGUGUACAAGAUCCUUACCUACAUCACCAUUGCCAGCUCCUGCAUUUAUUCCAUCGUCUGGCUCCUCGGCUCCGAAGGAACAGCGGCUCUUGGGUUGACUCAGGAGGUUGGACUCAUCACCCUGACUGACCUGGUGUCCAAGCUUGGCUUUGGUCUCUACUUCCUCUUCAACUACGACGCUGCCAUGGGUGAGGACGACACAGAUGCCCAGAACCAGCAGUCUCAGCAAUACGUCUGA